AUGAAUAUAUUUUUUUUUAUAAUUAUUUUUAUUAAUAAUAUAAUAUGUUAUUUAUAUUACAGUUAUAGUUUUAUCAAACCUGAUAUUACUCCAGUUCAUGCAUUCGUUUCAGGAGAAUAUGAUCCAAUUUAUCCAGUUAUAACUUCAAGUAACCACUAUGCAUUUACAUCAAUGAGUACAUAUCCCAUUAUAAAUGGUAAAAAGAUAGGAAAUCCAAUUUGUGAUUAUUAUCAAUUACUUCUUUAUAAUAACACUAUUAUUCAAUGUCUAUGUGAUGGGUGUGGUAUUGGUAUUGCACCAAAAUUGGCAGCAACAGCUGCUGGACAAGCUGCAGUUCAAUCAAUUGCAAAAGAAAUUAGAGAAUGUUCAAAUAUUAAAGAAAUAGCAGAAAAUAUGAUUAGAGCUAUUUCAGAUGCACAUGACAAUAUUUUUGUCGUUGCAGAAAAUGAAAGGAAGUCAUACCUUAUUGGUGCUACAACAAUUCAAUUACAAGUAAUUGUUCAGUUAGAUUCUAGAGAUAGAAAAUUUGGUAUUAUCACAUUAAACAUUGGGGAUUGUCGAUCAUAUUUAUAUUCCAAUUCAACACUUCGUACAAUUUAUAAUUACUCUUCUCGUGAAAGUUUGAGUGAUGUUUCUAAUUCACAAGGAAGAAUUGGCAAUGGUAAAGAAGGAAUGCCUGAUUUAGGGAAUGCCUCUUUAACAUAUAAUGAAUGUUAUGAUGGGGAUUUAAUAUUUAUGUGUAGUGAUGGUAUAAAUGAUAAUUUUGAUCCUGAAAUUAUUGGGGUAUCAUCAGUUGGAGAAAGAAAAGAUGAUAAGAUUAAAUCAAUUGAAAAUUCGAUUGGACAAUAUAUAAUUCAUUCUAAUACCCUUUCAGAAACUAUAGAAUCAAUUGGAGAAUAUGUCGUAGGAGUAACUACUCGUGCACGAGAAGUUCAAUCAACUCCUCAAACUCCAACAACCCCAAAAGGAAAUAGAACAAAAGCUCCUGGAAAAUUAGAUCAUUCAACAAUGGCAUUAGUUAGAAUAGAACUUAGAAAUGAUAAUGAUUUCUUUUACAUUGAUUCAUUUAUACCAUCUUAUAAUUACAAAAUAAAUCCAAAUGUUAGUGAUACGACAAUGUAUAGAAGAAGUAAAAUUAGAAGAGAACAUCCACAAUUCUUUGUUAUUAAUAAAGACUUUGUUAAACCUAGAACUUCAAGUAUGUCAAGAACUUUUCAUUUAAAAAGUCCUAUUCAUUCGUUUCAUUCAGCUAGUAAUUCAGCUUCAUUAUCUCCAUCAUCUGGAUUAUGUAUAUCACCAUUAGACUUACAAUUAUCACCUGAAUGA